AUGGAGCUGCAAAAUCAAAUCUACCUGCUGGUGGCCGUGUUCGGGGGCAUCAGUGCGCUGUUGCUGGUGCUGACGGUUAUGCUGGCGGUGUAUGUGAAGAAAAUGCGCACCCUCCUGGAGGACUUCCGGUUGGGCCAUCCCACAGAUGACGAUCCGUACCAGCGUGAGGGCAGCGGUGAUGGACCGAGACGUGACCGGAAACGUCCCAACCACGCUGGCUAUCCGAUGGAGGUGUUCCCAACCCCCGGUGGGAUGAGUGGACCACCUAAGAGCGAUCUCACGAAAACCCGGAACGAUUACAUGCACAACGUGCGCAAUAACAUCCACGGUGGUCGAUCCGGUGGCCCUUACCGGCAUGAUGCAGAUGGCGGUGGGAUGGGGUAUGGGGGUGGGGGUGGUAAGCGGGUCCCCGAAAAGCCCAUGAAACCCGGCCAGGGUCCUGCGGGUCCACGCAGUCAAGGAAGUGCGCCCGAUUCCGCGCUCGAACUCGAGGUGGCCAACAUCUUCGACAUGGACGAGCUGGAUGAGGAGGACCUGUCGGAUUGUGGGAGUGGUCCAAGCACGGGUCACAUGGUGGAUCGGGUGGAGGAUGCGGGGGUGGUAGGACACGGCCGGGGGAAACCACGGCCAGUCAAUGGGGCACAGUACGAGCGUGAGCAGCCGGGACGUGGCAAUCGGUUCCAGAAUCCGCACGCCAUGAAGUCGAAGAAUGGUCCCGGGGAUGGUAGGGGUUUCGCGGGGGACGAGAUGAAGAGGGGCGGUGGGCAUGGGGGGAACGUGUACGGUAACGGGGGUAAGUCGAAUCAGGGUUUCUUCGAUGAUCGGAACCGCAUGUACUGA